AUGUCAGCUAGCGUCAUGUCUACUCCCAGAGCCACCAAAACAACUGCUUCACCCUCUAAUUCUGUUUUCAAAAAUAAAGAAAAACCACAGGAAGUUCGUAAAGCCAAUAUCAUCGCAGCUCGUGCUGUUGCAGACUCAAUUAGGACGAGUCUAGGCCCAAAGGGUAUGGAUAAAAUGAUCAAAACAUCUCGUGGCGAAGUUGUCAUUUCUAAUGAUGGCCAUACAAUUUUGAAAGAGAUGGCUUUGCUUCAUCCAGUAGCCAAAAUGUUGGUCGAAGUUUCUGCUGCACAAGACUCAGAAGCAGGAGAUGGCACAACUUCUGUUGUUAUUUUAACAGGUGCCUUAUUAGGGGCUUGUGAAAAAUUAUUAUCCAUGGGCAUUCAUCCAAUGUUAAUUGCUGAGUCCUUCCAAAAUGCUGCUUCCAGGUGUGUAGAGAUUUUAGAUGAAAUGAGUGUCAAAAUUGAUCUUCACAAAGAUAAAGAUGCUUUGAUUCGUGCAGCCUCUACUUCUUUGAGUUCUAAGAUCGUUUCUCAGUAUAGUUCUAUCUUGGCUCCUUUGAGUGUUGAUUGCGUUUUACGUAUUGCCUCUAAAAACUCAGAAAAUGUCGAUUUGAAAAACAUUCGUUUAAUUAAAAAAGUAGGCGGCACAAUUGACGAUACUGCUAUGGUUGAUGGUGUUGUUUUAACCCAAACUGUUGUUAAACAAGCCGGUGGCCCAACGAGAAUGGAAAAAGCCCGUAUUGGUUUAGUUCAAUUCCAAAUUUCUCCACCAAAGCCUGAUACAGAAAAUAACAUUGUGGUUAAUGAUUAUAGACAAAUGGAUAAGAUUUUAAAAGAAGAAAGAGCCUAUUUGUUGAAUAUUUGUAAAAAAAUUAAAAAGUCUAAAUGUAAUGUCUUACUAAUCCAAAAAUCCAUCCUAAGAGAUGCAGUUAAUGAAUUAGCUUUACAUUUCUUAGCUAAGCUAAAGAUUAUGGUUAUAAAGGAUAUCGAAAGAGAGGAGAUUGAGUUUUUGAGCAGAUCAUUAGGUUGUAAACCAAUUUCUGAUGUUGAACUAUUUACCGAGGAUAGAUUGGGUUCUGCUGACUUGGUUGAAGAAAUUGAUAGCGAUGGUUCCAAGAUUGUAGAAAUUACAGGCAUCCAACAUAAAGAAGAACACACCACUCCAACGGUGUCAGUUGUUAUUCGUGGUGCAAACAAUAUGGUUUUAGAUGAAACUGAAAGAUCCAUUCAUGAUUCUUUAUGCGUUGUACGUUGUUUAGUUAAAAAAUCGGCUUUAAUAGCGGGCGGUGGUGCUCCAGAAAUCGAAACCUCACGUUUGUUAAUGAAAGAAGCUAGGGCUAAAGAGGGUGUCGAAUCCUUUGUUUGGCAAGAAUUUGCCCAAUCUUUGGAAAUCAUACCAACCACUUUAGCAGAAAAUGCAGGAUUGAAUAGUAUUAAAGUUGUCACUGAACUUCGUGCCAAACAUGAGCGCGGCGAAAAGUAUGCCGCUAUAUCAGUAAGACGCUCAGGGACCACAAGUGAUGCUGUUCAAGAACAUAUUUUGCAACCUUUAUUGGUUAACACAAGUGCAAUUACUUUAUCUGCAGAGUGUGUAAAAUCUAUUUUACGUAUUGAUGAUAUUACAUUUAGUCGUUAG